AUGAUGAAUUCGGAAGUGAAGGAAGACAUCUUCGAUUGUAUAUUGCGACUAGAGGAAACACACAUACAGCAAGGCUUCGAAGAGGGUUACGAAGCGGGUCUUGUGUCAGGUCGGGAAGACGCUCGUCAUUUGGGUUUGAAACUUGGGUUCGAGACAGGCGAGCUGAUCGGUUUCUACAAAGGCUGCUCUUCCCUCUGGAACUCUCCUGCUCUCCUUGCUCAAUUCUCUUCUCAGCUCCAAAAGCAUCUCCAUGAGUUCCAAGGCUUGCUCGAUAAGUUCCCGCUCUUGGAUCCCGAGGACGAGACCAAAGACGAGAUCAAGGAUGAACUCAGGGUCAAAUUCAACAUCAUUUGCGCAUCUUUAGGCAUAUCCAAGAAACAAUUGGUGUACAAGGGAUACCCAAACCCUUCUUCCAAUCUCGAUUUCUAA